AUGCGGAAGACACUAGCCUCUGCAUUUCGUUCAAAGGGACAUAUUAUUUUAACAGUUGCAUCAAGUGGCAUAACAUCCUUAUUGUUGUCUGAGGGAAGAACUGCACACUCAAUCUUUGCAAUCCCUGUUCUUACCUUGCAAAACUCAACUUGCAAUGUUCUUCAGGGUAGUGAACUUGCUGAGCUUUUGAAGCUCACAAAGCUUAUAAUUUGGGAUGAGGCUCCAAUGGCUCAUAAGUUUUGCUUUGAGGCAUUAGACAAAAGCCUUAGAGACAUCAUGAAUUCCUCUAAUAAUGGAGAUUUUCCAUUUGAUGGAAAGUUUGUUGUAUUUGGUGGUGACUUUAGGAAAAUUCUCCCCAUCAUUCCAAGAGGUACUAGAUCUGAUAUUGUCAAUGCUACUAUCAAUGCCUUUUACCUUUGA